AUGUCUCGACGAUUUCUCAGAAGCUCCUCUGAACGCGACCCCGACAACAAAUCUCGUUGCAACGAUUCUCCAGCCUCUGGAGCAGACCAUGAAGAAAACCACCAGGAGUUUGGGUAUGCCUCCCAAAGUGAGGGACCGUCAGCAUCUGCACCAGGCACCACCGGAUCUAUCGUGUUCUUGCAUCAGCCAAUCCCGGAACACCCGUACACCCUCCUACCACAGCAGGUGGAAUGGGCCAAUAGAAAUCUCUUGCUGGGACAAGCAGGAUACGAUGUGGGUCUUCAAUACCCCUGUCAAAUCAAUAACUGGAACGACAACGCUUCCAACUUUAAUCAGCUGGGAGAAUCAACCUUCGGUACUACAUCCUACGACGCCUCACUCGACCUCUCAAACGGAGGGUUCGAUGUAGGACUUGAUUUCCAGCUGGCUACAACAUGGGGUUUUGACCACACUUAUGGCCAUGGUCAGCCGAUGAUGCCUACCAUGCAUGGAGGCCAGCUUGUCCCGGCAUCCUAUCCUACUCUAGCCCCAGCCGGUCUAACUGCUCCAACCAUCACUACAAACACGGGCUCUAUCCGCUGUCCCCAAGGCUGUAUCGAGACGUUCGGUCGUGGCGGAGAGUUGCGCCGCCACAUGAAAAAGCAUGAAACACCUCGCUACAAAUGUCCUAUCUACAACUGUCCUAUGACCUUCUACCGUAAGGACAAGCUGCGUGACCACGCUCAGAAAGGACACAAGGGUCGCGAUUCCCUGAACAUCCGUUGA